CGAACAGCGAACAACAUAUCAUCGAUCUUCUCACCGCUUGAUAAUAUCAACAGCAACAUUGACGCACCGUUGCCACUCGAUAUGCAUCCCCUGCAUGGUCUCGAGUUCACUUAUGACACACAAAAUGCAGACCCGGUCCUUGACUCGCCAACGGCAAUACUGCUAAUGGAAACAGCAGACAUCGACGAGUUUCUCAAAGGAAUAUCUACAGCUCAGCCUACGUCCAGUCGGAACUGGAUCAACUCGACCACUGAUCAAUGUCAAGGAAAUUCCCAUCAGCUCAAGGAACAUUCGGGAAAUACGAAUCAAAAGGCUAAGCGAGGCAAUCGUCUUACUACAAAAAACCAAAUAAUUGAGCUAAAAGACAUGGUCAAAGAACUGACGAGUCAGCUAGAUGUACUCGAGGCAGCUCAGCGAGGAAAUAACUCGAGCCAGGGCAAGGCGCCUACACUACCGUCGUCUGCAUCGCUUUGGAAGAAAAUUGCAGCCAAACAGCUUGGGCGCCGUCAGAAAGCAGAGAAAAACAAUGCCCAGCUUAGAGCGAUGGUCCAAGUUGUGCUAGAAGAGUCCCAGGGCUUGAAGCGCAUUCUCAAACAACGAAAGAGAAUGGAGUGGAUAAAGAGAUUUAUAAGCGAAAAGCGACCAAGAAAUUCCAUGGAUGACGACUAUCGCACAGAUCCUGCGUACGAUAGCUAGUACAGAUACCUUUUCCACAGAAACAAUUUAGCGUGAAAGUCUGCGAUUUUGACACAUCUUAAAGUUCUGAGGCGCCAUUUUGAAUACAUGUUUUCUUAAUACGCACCCUGA